GCGGAUCUAGAAUCUCGUUAAAGGACAGCUCCUACAGCCAAUCAAGAACAGAGUCGGUGGCUUCUUCCAGGAGGAGACCGGAAAUUAGUUUCGGCUGCAGUGGGGAAGGCGGCUACCAGUGUAAAGCCGGAGCUGAGGUUCUUGAUAGUCCACAAUGGGUGAACCACAGCAAGUGAGUGCACUUCCACCACCUCCAAUGCAAUAUAUCAAGGAAUAUACCGAUGAAAAUAUUCAAGAAGGCUUAGCUCCCAAGCCUCCCCCUCCAAUAAAAGAUAGUUACAUGAUGUUUGGCAAUCAGUUCCAAUGCGAUGAUCUUAUCAUCCGCCCUUUGGAAAGUCAGGGCAUCGAACGGCUUCAUCCGAUGCAGUUUGAUCACAAGAAAGAACUGAGAAAACUUAAUAUGUCUAUCCUCAUUAAUUUCUUGGACCUUUUAGAUAUUUUAAUAAGGAGCCCUGGGAGUAUAAAACGAGAAGAGAAACUAGAAGAUCUUAAGCUGCUUUUUGUACACGUGCAUCAUCUUAUAAAUGAAUACCGACCCCACCAAGCAAGAGAGACCUUGAGAGUCAUGAUGGAGGUCCAGAAACGUCAACGGCUUGAAACAGCUGAGAGGUUUCAAAAGCACCUAGAACGAGUAAUUGAAAUGAUUCAGAAUUGCUUGGCUUCUUUGCCUGAUGAUUUGCCUCAUUCAGAAGCAGGAAUGAGAGUAAAAACUGAACCAAUGGAUGCUGAUGAUAGCAACAAUUGUACUGGACAGAAUGAACAAAGAGAAAAUUCAGGUCAUAGGAGAGAUCAGAUUAUAGAGAAAGAUGCUGCCUUGUGUGUCCUAAUUGAUGAAAUGAAUGAAAGACCAUGAAAGAUGUUUAUCUUUCUUUUUUUCCUUUUGAUAAAUAGCCUCAUAUAUUAGUUUAUUUUCUUUUGGACAGUCUUAAGAGAGGUUUCACUAAAAAUGUAAACAGCUUUAAUCUUGAUUCCAACUUUUUCAAUUAUGAGAUGUCAUAGGCAGUAAUUUCAUUGUAUAACAAGCAUAGACAAAUGAGUACCCCUGCACUAAGAAUAAUCACUUUAAAAAGCAUAGUGUUCACUGCUGUUGUAUGGGACAUUCCUAUGUUUUGGAGUUGCAGUAAAACUUUGAUGAUAACCUCA